CGAGCGGCGGCAGCCGUGUGUAGCGCGUGGGUGGGGCAAUAAAAAGGAGGCAUUUUCCUCUCCACGCCCUAUCCCCCGCGGUUGUGGCGACCAGAGGGUGGGCGCCUGUACAUGGGUUUGCGGCAGCUCGCGGUGCUCUGGGCGUAAAACUUGUGGCCUGGGCAGGAGGGGAGGGUUUAUCCGCCCGCCGUCUUUGCUCCGUGUGUUCACCACCCUUCCCCUCCACUCUCUGAAGAAUUCGGUUUUAUUAAUUUAAAAAAACGAAUCCCAAGUCCCUGAAAAGGUUGAGCAAAGGGUGCAGUGAAUUGCAGGUCGUGCUGCACGGCGAUUGUGUGUGAGACUUCACCAGAGCUUUUGGAGAGGGAAACUUAUCUUUUUUUAAUUAUAGCAAAGAUUUUGUUUCUCUACAUAAGUUUAAAAGACAAGGGAAGUGGGUAACGUGAGUUUUGAGGCGGUUUUGUUCCACUGCGUCUGGUUAGUUUUUGAGGGCAUUCGUUGGCUUAGGUGGGUGAAGGUGGUGCUGUCCAAUUGCACCCUGCCUCUCGGUUUUUGCCAUCUUAAGUCGGAGAAGCGAGGAAGGUGUUUUUUAAUAUUUACUUCUUCUGGAUGAUGCUUUCUUCUGAGGCCACACCAGAGUCGCUCCGUUCCCCAUCUCAUGAAUCCAGGUCCUCGGAGCCAACCCCAACCACUUGUACCUCCGAGUGCCCCUUCACAGAGCCGGGAUUGAACUUCACCAACUCGGAUCUUGGCCUCGUGGACAUGAGCGAGGUUGAAUACACCCAGCUGCAGCACAUUCUAUAUUCGCAUAUGGAGUCCCAGUCGGGGGAAGGCGAAUUGGAGACUCGUCUGAAUUCUACAUUGUACCAGUCUGCCAAUCCUACCAACCAGGCUGCAUUUUCAACAGCCAACUCAUCUAACCAGGUUCCCUACUCAACAGCCAACUCUGCCAAUCAAAAUCUGUACCCUGUUACCAGUACUACGAACCCCACUUCAGAAUCUCACUAUGUAGGUAACAACCAGUGUUUAGGGCACAUUGAUUUCCAAGAGUUAAAAAUGAUGCUUUUGAAUGACCCUCCACUACCUAUUAACAGCACUAAUAAUUUGCAAAAUUUGGAGAAAUUCUCCCAAAAUUCUUCUGCAGAAACCACCCGACCUAAUGGACUAACGCUGAAAAAUAGAGAGACAAUGGGUACUUCCGAUAAGGAGAAGAUUUCGGGGGACAGCUCAAUGGCGGGACAAGAAUCAAGAUGUAAAACUGGACCCAGAGUACGUCUUGAAGACAGAUUUAAUGCAGUCCAAAAUGAAAACCAGGAACGACAGGAGUUGCAGGAUUCAGGAGUUACUUUUAACAAUUUGGUUGCUUUGAUCCGGCAUCCUUCAGAGUUGAUGGGGAUACCUCUCCAUCCACAGCAAAACAAAUGUACUACUUUAGUCAAAAGCAAGACUGGGACUUCUGCUCUGCAAUUUGCUUACCCUUUAUACACACCAAACACUUGUACACCAACUGGCAGUACUACCUCUGGUCAAACUCAGGGCACAGGAAGCCAAGCAAAUGUGCUAGAAUCUGCCAGCGCACAGGAGCUUACCCUGCCCAGAGCAUUCUCUUUAUGUUUCCAGCAGGAACUCCAAUCAGCAAGGCAGGCAUUGAGUAAUUGCAACAGAAACAAAUCUUUACCUGAGCAAGUCUGGAUUAAGGUAGAAGAUGAAACUCUACGUAAACAAGUAGUGAACAAACGAUGUCGUAGUCGCACACGGCAAGCCAAUGUAGAAACAGAACACAAAGUUCUUAGUGACCUUACUAACAUGACAGAGAAUCAAAAUGCAAAUAUUGCCCAAGGUGGGCAGUGGCAAACGACACAUCCCACCACCCCUGGCCCCACGCAUGGGAACCAACAAGAACUGAAUUGCCAGCGUAGAGAGAGACACAACCGAAUGGAGAGAGAUCGCAGGCGCAGGAUCCGUAUAUGUUGUGACGAGUUGAAUUAUCUUGUUCCAUUCUGCAAUUCUGAGACUGAUAAGGCUACGACGUUACAAUGGACUACUGCUUUUCUCAAGUAUAUUCAGGAAAAACAUGGUGAUACACUAAAAAAGGAAUUUGAGAGUGUUUUCUGUGGGAAAACUGGCCGAAGAUUGAAACAACCAAGAAUAGAAGCACCAGUAGAUCACACUGUAACUACGAGUGUACACAAUCAUGGUGUGAUGGAAAGUAAAUGAACUCCAGAAUGAGUGAAGUUACAGUUCCAAGAGAGGUACAAAGUUAAAUGUAUCUCCCUGAUUCACUAUAUCGAAAGUCAGAAUCAGGAAAUGGAAAAGGGUAGCGAAACAGAGCAAUAAACUACUUGUCAUUCCAGCAUAGUGGUUAGGUGGUAUUAUCACUGGCAAUGUUCAGAACUCUAAACUUGCACUGUGAAAUCAAAGAUGGUGGCAGAAAAUUUGAGUCCACCAUGAUUUGUGCCAUAUAACUCUAUUUCCGUAAUCCCUAGAGGUCCAGGUAUUUUACUUAGCUGUCCAUUAUUUUUAUUUGUACUUUUAUUUCUCAUUAUUUUUCCCGAGGGAACAUUUCAAAAUAUGAACAGGCAUAUAGAUGAAUGCUGUUCUUUGAUCUUUAUGUCCAGAUAUAUGAUGAAUAAUCAGUCAUCAAUGAUGUUUACAUUUGGCUGAGUUAAAGCUCAAAAAUAUUAUCAUGGCUAUCAGGCCACCCAUGUAAACCUUUCAAAAUAUUUUAAUAUGCGCUAUAAAUUAUAUAAAUGUUUUAAUAUACAUAUUUAAAAAUCACGGUUGAUUCAUAUUUUCCCUACCUGUCUUUGAUAUUUAAAUUGAAUGCAGUUGGAGCAGUGGUGUUGACCAAUCACAGCAUUGGUAUGAUGCCUGAACAUUGUAUAAAUUAAUUUUUGUUAGCUGGAAAAUGUUGACAACAGCAACAUUAACACACUGAACAACUCUACACCCAAAUGCUGCUAAUAAAAUGAAAAUGCAGUUAAAGAGACAGUAUCCAUUUAAUUAUAAAUGAUGAAACAUCCACAACUACAAAGGUACUUGGUGAAGGCUCAGAGUAAGAGUGCAUAAAUGUGUAUGUUUUAUCAUACUGAAGUGUUUUUAUCACAGUAUGAACAGUUUAGGAAAAGAAAAACUUAUUUUCACAAGACUGAAGCACUUUAAUAAAGCAUGCUAAUAGGGUUGUUAUGUUUUAUAUGCCAUCCAGUGUGUGGCAAAAAGAGGAUGCUGUCCCUUUACUGGAAACUGAUAGUUAACUACUAUAUAAGCUUUAACAUUUUGCAAUAUAUUUAAGGUACAAGAUAUUUAUAAUCUUUAGCAAUACAAAAUGAUUUCUUACUCUAUAAAGAGGUUUUAUUCAUUAAAUGGAUCUGUUUGGUUUUAUUUCAAUGACCUGUUAAUUGUUGAUAGUGCUAUUAAUAUUUAAAAUAAAGGAUGACCAAAUACUUAAAAAUAAAUUUGUUGCAUAAAUUAAUAAACCUUACAUUCAACUAUAUGAUUUAAGUAUAUUUCAUAUAUUAGUUAAACUGGAUAGCUUUUAGUUAAUAUGUUCAAAAUAAAUAUAAACAGUAAUCCUUGAAGGGUUUUCUGUCAACUUAGCAGUGUGUAAAUAACAAAGCAAGUAUAUUAAUGAAAGAUGUUUCACAGUAUAUUAAAGAUUUCUGAUUUAAAAAAAGAUCUAUCACUAUCAUUAAAUUUAAAAACAAAUUUGUAUUUAUCUUUGAGCUAAUAAAGGUAUUCAUCCAAUUUGUAUUUGUUGAAUUUCUUUAGAUUGUAAAAUGUAAAAAAAAUCUGUGUCAAAAGAUUUAUACCAAUUAUUGUAAUACAGUAAAACUUUGAUAAUCUUCUGUUCGACAAUUGAAAACCCCGAUGAUUUGGUAUCUGGCUUACUGAGUGUUGAUAUCAUUGUUCUAUUUCACAUACUGGGUGCCGAUACCCAUGCUUUCAAUCACUCGUGCCCUUGUUCCUGCACUGCCUUUUACACACCUGUACUCAGUACACUCAUUCAGAUUCACAUGCUGUCCACUCGGUUCCCAUGCUCCAUUUCACACAUGCCCAGUCCCAACACAGAACCUGGUUCUUGUACACCCAUUUAUGUAUCAGACCUCAUAAAGCAUUCUCUUUAAACUUAGCAGGUACACCGGAUAGAUUAUUAUUUUAUAUUAUAACUAGAAAAAACAAUGAAAAAUAUCCAGCAGUUAGGUAAAUCUGCUAGACUGGUUUUACUAUGAAUAAAUUGAGUCCAAUUACAGCACACUAUAAUUACCAGAUUUUACCGCCUUUAAAUAUAACAAAAUUACCCUCUUAAAUCUUCUGAGAAAGAACAUUUCUGAAAUACUGGACGGUUUGCCAGCAGUUCAUUAUUAAAUGAGUUACUAUUUCCAAACAACAUGUUAUCAGAGAUAAUAUUAGGUGAGAAAAUUGGGCACGGAAUAGAUUAGCGAGAGAUCUCUGGUGGUAAUACUGCAGAUAUUGGAAGAGAAACCAUUUCUAGAGGUUUUUGGACAAAAUCGAAAUAGAUAUGCAUGGAAAGGAAAUGGGUUUGUUCUACUGAACAAGAACAUAAAGGUGUAGGUUGAAAGAUGUGAUGUGAUUGGUGGAUUGUCCCAGUGGCUACAGAGAUGUCAAGAAAGGAUAAUGUAAUAAAGUCACAGUUGCUAAAUUGGAGACACAAGAGACUGAAAUUGCUGUAAUCUGGAGUAACACACAAUCUAUGGGUCAAACAAUCCAUGGAACUCAGUGGAUCAAGCAAUAUAUUUGGAGGGAAAUGGACAGUUGAGAUUUUGGGCGGGGACCCUCCAUCUGGAUUGAAAGAGUAGAGGAGAAAUAGUCAAUGUAAAGAGAGGGAUUGGGGGACUGCCUGCCUGCUCUUACCCCACUCCUGCCCCCUCAUCCUUUUAUACUGGCGAUCUCUAUUCUACUCUCAGUCCAGAGGAAGUGUCCCAACAGGAUGUGUUGCGUGUCCAUUUCCCCCCACAAAUGCUGCUCAACCCACUGAGUUUCCUCAGCAGAUUGACUGUUAUUAAAGGUAUUAAAGGAUGCUGCUCAUUGCCUUGAGCUAUCUGGUACUGGAGUAAAAGCAACAUUAGAGAAACUAGUGUGUAAGAAGGAAUUGCAGAUGCUGGUUUAAUCCAAAGAUAGACACAAAAAGCUGGAGUAACUCAGCGGGACAAGUAGCAUCUCUGGAGAGGAAUGGGUGACGUAUUGUAUUGUAUUCAAAUUUAUUGUUAUUGUCUCAAUUAGAGACAACAAAAUGAAUUUCCCUUUACAGUC